AUGCACGCGCUCGCCGCCGCCGCCUCUUCCGCCGCCCGCACGCGCCCCGCGCGCGGCGCGACCGCGCCAGGCUCGAAGACGCGACGCGGCGUCUCCGUCGUCCGCCGCGCGAAGCAAGCGACCGGGACGGAGACGGAGGAGCCCACCGCGGACGACUUCGCGACGUUCAACGCGCUCGUCAGCGGCGGCGACUGGGAGCUCGUCCAGAAGAACGUCCGCGCCGCCGCGGUCGAGGGAAAGCUCACCCCCGGCGUCCUCGGCGCGGCGUACUCCGUGCACCAGAAGUGCGUCGCGAGCGGCGAGCCCCCGGAGGUGGUGCAGACGCUCCAGAACGUCAUCCAACUCUUCACGCAGACGAUGCAAUCGCUCAAGGUGCAUUCUAUACACUGGUCCCCAUACGACCGCGUCGGCGUGGUGAACGCCGUUCCUUGA